AUGGACGAGGGCGAAGAGGAUUUCGUCUUCUAUGGCACGCCGAUCGAGCGAGAAGAGGAGACGUCCCGGCGAAAGAGGAAGGCUGUCGCGGAUGCGGGGCAGAUGCGGAGUCUGCCUGUGUGGAAGCAGGAGGUGGAUUCUUCACUCCCUCUUUCGUCUCUGGAGCUGUUUCUUCUUUUGAGUGUUUGCGAUAAAUGAUUAUCUUGAGUGCCGGGAGAAGGCGUCGCUUAUGCGUUGUACUCUGCUUGGGAUGUGAAUUCUGUUCCAGAGGUCUUAUCAGGUUUUCUAUUUCUCGCUAGUGACGAUUCUCUCGGAUAGUGACGGGAAGAAGACGAGUUUUAGUAUCGUAGCGUUGUUUAUCUUCAUGUUGUUAAAGAUUUAACAAUGCAUAUCCAUUGCCCGCUGUCUCAUUUGCCUGUCUUGCCUGUUCUACCGGAGAGGAUACUCUCUGCAUGAUAAGAAAUCUAGGUUUUGGAAGUUUUUUAUACUAUGGGGUACUAAACUGAAAAAAAUUCCUGUUCUGAGUAGUACCCCGUGAACAGACGUUGAAAACUGUUUCAAUGAGUAUCCAUAAAAAACAUGAGAUUCUGGUGCAUUUAAAACCCUAAAAGCCACGAUGACUUAGUCACGUAAACAUGCUGUAAUAACUCAAUGCAACUAGUUUGUUAUUUAUGUGGCUUGGGUUUGAAAUAUUUAAACCACAGUCAGUAGCAUCAAUGCUCACCGAAACAAAACAAAAAAGAAAAAGAGGAAGCUUCUGACUUGGCCCGCUUCCUCAUUGUUGGCAUCAUGUGCAUCAGACAUAGACACAAUGAGCGAGAUAUUCAGCUUCUCUGCCUCAGGCCAUGAAUUUCGCAUGCAUUAAUGCAAAAUAAACUUUUUUUUUGCCACAUGGUGCUGCAAGUUUGUCGUCCUGCCAGUGGUUAAAACUUACAGAUUCGACAUCGUUGGUAAUCCCGUACAGUAUGAGAUAAAUCAUCAACUUUACAUAUCUGGAAUGAGCGUGCUCCACAUUACAUAAAUAAUUAUGCACUUAGGUGUUGUUUCUCCCAUUUAAUGCAUCAACGAACACAUUUGCUUUACUCAUUUUGAACCGUAUUUCCAGGUUACUGACGAGGAAGGGAGAAGAAGAUUUCAUGGCGCAUUUACUGGAGGAUUUUCAGCAGGCUACUACAACACAGUUGGUUCAAAAGAAGGUGUGCAUUCAAAGAAAUUCGACCUCUUGACAUUUGUUCUGUUGGAGUUGUAAAUCAUUAUUUAAUGACUCUCUUUUUCAGGAUGGACUCCACAGACAUUCACGUCAUCACGUAAAAAUAGGGCAGAAGUGAAAAAGCAGAGCAUCUAUAGCUUCUUAGAUGAUGAUGAGAAAGCAGUAUGUCCGAUAUCCGCAUUCUUUUCCUCCGUAUUAAAAUAGCUUCAGUAAACUACUGAGUAAGUUGAUGGGAACUUGGGCAGAUAUUCUGAAUAUUUCACGAACCAAUAUACCUCGCUUCUGUGCCUUGUAGUCCUUCAGAUCAAUUUUCUUUAAGUUCGAGCUUUUUAAUGCGUUUUUUUGUAAAACAAAGUCCAUCCUUUGAGGGUUUCUACCAUGUGGCCACUACUAUCUAAACAGAUAGAGACAUGGUAUUCACAUUAGCUAAUAAAUCAAAACCCAUCAGACAAAGUUGAGAAGGGUUGCAGUUCAAUCGAGUGCCAGUAAAGCUUGAAAUAAAGUUAUUGACGUGACGUGGAUCAGUGGAAAGACCUUGAGGUUUAGCAGACGAUAAAUAAAUGUUUUAUAAGCAUGCUUAAUGUCACAUUUUUUGAAGAAAAAAAGUGAAAACCUCGCAAUUGACAUGGUAUAACUCCAUUAAUUAUGGGGCGGAUUGACCCAAAUAUGCAUAGGCUUAUGCACUUAGGUUGAAGUUCGGAUGAAAUAAGAAGUCUAGGCUGGAAAUAAAGAACUAUCGUUGGCAUGAAGGCUUCGAAUCAAGAAUUCAUGUGAGACAGUUGAAGCUACCUGAUUAACCGUUUUAAAUGAUCCAAAGGCUCAAUGUCACCUGCCUCUCUACAAGCUAUAUUCUUUAGUAUUUGCGUAUUUUCCACUUCGAUUUUAUUAAAUUGUCUACCUAAAAUAUUGGAGCAUCUUUUCUCCCUUUCUCCUUUUAUUUAUUUUUUCUUUAAUUCUUACUUUCAUAUUUUUUUAAAAUGUUUAAGUCACCAACUAGAUGUAAUCAAUCAUAGUUUUGCUUCAUAUUUGGAAUUUUGGGAGCAUCUCUUCUUCUGAUGUUGGGUGGCUUCCUUGCAUUAAAAUCUUACUGCUCGAGGUAGUAGGUUUUUUUGGUUUUCCUAUGUGCCACAUCAUGAAUGGAUUGCAGAUUAGUUAAAUUCUGGAGUUCUUGGAAUAGAUAUGUAUCUAUGUAUGUAUGUAUGUAUGUAUGUAUGUAUGUAUGUAUGUAGGUAUGUAUGUAUAUCAUUGCAAUGAGUUUGCAAGGAGAAAUAUUGCAAUGUGAGCUCUGUCAUUUAUCACUUGGGAGUUUGGCAGCUGGGUUGCAUAUAAAUGUUUCUGAUGCACUUUUGAUCAUUCCAUGGGACCAUUGGUGUUUUGUAUUGUACAGUUAGAAUCAGUCUACUGUUAGGAUUUUUGGGGAGAAAUUUGGCCUUUGUGUGAAUAUCUGAGAGUCACGAAUCAAUUUAUGGGCCCAAACACUUAAAUAAUUACAUUCUUAGGCUCAUAUAUGCAUUUUCCUUUUUUUAUGCUGUUUUCAUUUUCAUCUUAUUACCUUGUCAUUUCGCUUAUUUGUAUGUCCAACUAUUAUUUCUGUUUUUUCUACUCGAUUUUAUUGAUAUACUGCCUAUAUUUUUCACUGUCUUUCAAAUAGCAUUCGAGUUUUGUUCCUACAUAUGUUCCUACUGGCUGCUACAUUGAAGGAAUGAUUCCUCUGUGGCUCCCACAUUGAGCAUAUCUACUUGUAAAUGCCUUUCUUAAAAUGGGUUAUUAUGCUAUCCACUAUUUGAAGAAUUGUUUAUCUUGCUCUUUCCUUUUUUACGGUGUACCAUUUAGGCUUCAUGUCGCCAUCUUUCAUGUGCUAUUUGAGGUAGUUCAAGUGUAACAGAACACUGUGAAAAACUGUCGAGGAUAUGAGUUCCUUGUUCGUACUGAUUUUCUUUUGAUGUGAGUUCAGUUUUUGAAGUCGUCACUGAACACCUACGAAUCCAGAGAUUGACACUUUUCCUAUGAAAACCCAAAUUUUUUCAAAGAAGAUAUCACCUGUUGGGAUUGAUGUGGCCUGACAAACUAAAUUUAUAGUUCAAGAUAGUCAUUUUGUCCAGUAUUCAACCUGCAGGAACUAGGAGGACAUGGACUGGAAACUUCCUUGCAGUUUGAUACCUUCGGGUUCACUGCUGCAGAAGUUGCUCGAAAACAGGCUGAAAAGGAGCAACAGAUGAGGUCAGUUGUAGUGGCUACGUUUUUCUGCAGGUUUUAUUUUCAAAAUUGUGUUAAAGUCAUAGGAUUCGUCUCUAUUUGUCUCUGUGCCAGUCUACUUUCUUUUUUUGGCGGUUGAGUCUAUUUUUAUCAUUUGUGCAAUCGCAGACCAUCAGCUAUUCCUGGACCUGCUCCUGAUGAAAUAGUGCUUCCGGCAACAAAUUCUAUUGGUUGGUUCUUGUUCCCUGGUCGACCAGUUGGGGCUUAUCACUGUCACAAGAACAAUAAAUUCAUUAAUAUGGGUCUUUUGUUAUAAGAAUAGGUGUGAAGCUGUUGUUGAAAAUGGGAUGGCGGCAUGGGCACUCAAUCAAGAGUUCACAUACUGGGAAAUUGUAUGGUAUGCUACUCUGACCAGCCUUUAUAACCGAGAAAAUUUUCACUUGUGUCAUUCUUGUAUAUUGGUUAUAAUGGAAAAAAAAAUGCGUGAAACAUAAUAUUUCUACAAAAUACUUGAGUGAUGCUCUUUUUGUUAGUAAAACUUCAAGCGAGACUGAAGGCUCUACAAAUGUAGUUCCAUCCUUUUCCUUUUAUUAUUGUUUUCAUAUGAACAUAUGUGGUCUAUCAUUUACUUUACAGUGAUACAUCUUAGUGCUGGGGGCCUUAUAGUUUUCGAUAGUGUAUUCUCCGAGAGAAUUCAGGAGUUUUCCCUCUCAGACUGAUGUGGAUGAGGGGAUGAUGCAAAAUCAUUGUUUCAAACAGUGUAUGAUUUAUGUCAUUUUGCCAAACUUUAAUUCACUACUCAUGCUAAUGAAUGUAUACAUUGAUGAGCUAGACAUGAAGCCCUCAUAUUUUUGCCAAGUGUCCCUGUUUAUGAUCCCCAGUGCCUGGUUGGUAUGUAUCUGAUGUUUAUUCUGACUUUCCAAAACAAGGAAAAAAUAUAUCUGACAUCGGAGCAGGAUCAUCUUGAAUAUUAACUAUCUUUGUCACUGACUAUAUAAUGCAUUGUUUGCUGAUAGAAAAAGAAGGAAAAUCCAUAGCUUGAUGGUAGACAUGAACAAUGGAACCAGACGCUCAACUUUGGUGUUAUCCUACCGGAAAAAAUAUUCAAUUAAUCUGUUUUCAUUUGUUGCCUUGAUCUCUCGUUGUUUUUAUUUCCCAUCACUUAAUCCCUACUGCAUAUUUUUCUUAGAUGCACGUAGAGAAGCCCGAAAAGCAUUCCUCGCAUUGUCUGGUAACGAUGACAGUUCAGAAAUUGCGGAACUUGAACCCAGUAAGGUUGACUCUCAGAAUCUUCUUGAGAGACAUAAUGACAGUGCCCAGGGUUUUGGAAGCACACCAGUAAGUGACAUUGCUGACACCGCAUUUUUUUUGUUUUCUUUAAUCUGAUCGCAUUCUGUUAUCUCAUCUUUACUGGUUUUAUUUAGUAAAGUGUUAUUUGAUCACUAGUUUCUUGCGAAAUUGAUUCAUUUUUUUGGUACUCUGUCGAUGGGAGGAUCUAAGGAUGACUCGAAUUUCCAACAAAUACCCGAUCUUGGUUCUGUUGAAAAUUUGCUAGUUGUUAUUUUCUGUGUUCUUAUUGGACUUCUUUCAGUAUGCACAAUACAUAGAGAUAGACUUAUUGUAAUUUUGGUUGUUCUUCAUAUUUUUAAUCAAACUGAGAACGCUUUUGGGUAUUUUCUUUCAAGUACAUGAUAAGUUGAGGAGAUGAUGCUAUGAUUAAAAUUCUGAAGACAGUGAUAACAAGCUUGAUGUUAGAUUGCCGACUUGUGAAAUGGAUGCAGGGUUGUAAUAUAAGUUGCGCCAACUGUUAAUAAAUUAAAAGAGGAAUUGAAGGUGAUUGGAAAGAACAAAACCAGCAAGUGACUCCCAAUGGCGUGAUGGCAGGAUGGAUUUUUUUAAGUUUCUUACACUGUUUCCAUAUAAAUGUGGUGAUUGAAAAAAACGUUCAUCUGUGUGGUUGUUUACGCUUUUUAUUUUCAAAACUUUAUUUCAGGUUUUUGUUCUUGAGCCAAAGAAAGACCUACAUGGUCUAGGUUUUGACCCUUUUAAAAAUGCUCCUGAAUUCAGAGGUAAUAAGUUCUCAGAUCACAUCAGUUCCUUUCUGAACAUUGUUUAACCACCAAAUUUAAUCAAUAUAUCUUGUUGUAAUCUUUUUCAGAAAGGAAGGCUUUGCAUACAUCUGGUAGUAAAGAUCCGGGAACCAGGAAUGCUUCUAGGAAAGGAGGGCUGUUUGUGACAAACUGCAAGUUUCUUUGUCUAAACCUGUUUUGAUUAUUUUUCAUACGAUCUUGUAUAUUUGAACUUAUCUCGAAUUGACCUUUUGGCUCUAUCACCAGCAGGAAAACUUGCUCCUGGAUUUGGAAUUGGUGCACUGGAGGAGGCUGAUAUUGAAGAUGAAGAUAUCUAUGCUUCUAGUAAGUGCUGAAUAAUUUCAAUAUAUCCGAUGAAUUUCUUUGAGCAUGGUCGUUUUCGUGACUAAUAUAAUGGUUUUAACUUAUGUUAUCAUUUUAUUUUGUUUAAUUAUAUAUGCGGGGAAAGUCAUUAGCCACAUUUUGCCAAAAAGUUGGCUGCUCCAUCCUGUUAGCUCCAGCUGUCCUUAUAAUCAAGAGACUAAUUAUGUACGUUUUUUCCAUGGAAAUAUAUGUUCUUACAUAUCCUACUGAGAUUGAUGGCCAUAGUGUGGCUACAACCAUUUCUAUGCACGAGCCUGCAUGCUGUUUCUAUUUAUACUCACACCCACAUCUGCUCCUUGGACCCACGUCUUACUCUGAGGGUCUGUUAUCUCACAGAUCAUGCAUUUCCAUUUCGAAAGUGAAUAUUGACGGACUGAUUGUGUUUCAGACUUAGCAUAUGUUUGCUCCGCAGAUUUAGUACCUUCUGGCUUGGAUUAGCCAAUUCGGGUGGGAAUUGACUCUCAUCAUCUCUAGAGUACUCAUUUUUUAUUAGAUAAACUCUUUUUUUGGUACCAGGAAAGCAGAAGAUUUUCUUGCUCGGUGAACCCCUUGUAGCCGUUCUGUUUUCCUCUUUCACGUUGCCCAGCAUUUUUCACGGUUGCAGAGCUUCGUGGACAUUAGUAUUUGCUGAAUUAGAAGUGAAGUAGUUCGGCCAUCCACGGGCAUUAUGGCAAUGGCUGCGCGAAUGUUUUCUCAGGACAGUAGAGAUCUUUAUCGCCAUAUUAAGAAAGUUGACAUUCGGUGAGGCGCUGGACAUUGAGUCCGACUCUGGAUCAACGGCGAAGAACUCCUCUUCUCUGCAAAUGUAGAAGCUUUCAUGUAAUUUCUUCCAGUCGAGAUCAUUAGUUAGGUGAUUAUGGCCAUCUCAUGAUCCUAAAACAAAAAAAUUUAACGUUGGAGAUGAUAUCAUCAUUGCCCUCCAUUCAGUUCCGUUCCUUGGUGCCUGCCAUGAAAUUUGCGGCGACGCUACUUACCUUAUAUGUCUGCAUCAACACUGAUUUUCUCUUUGAGUGGGAGAUGAGCUUCUCUGGCCUAGUUUAUGUGGAUGAAGUAUUAGUUCCUUGUUUCGUUCAGAGGGUUUUGGAGUUGAUGGCACCUCUGUUCCGACAUCUUGUCUAUCUUUGGAUGGUUGUUCUCCAGAUUUUGAAUUCGAAGAACCCUAUGUUGAAGAAGCGGAGCAGCCUUUGAGAAUUGAACAAGAUAGCAAGCUGAGAUUAACUCAAAAGGAGCAUAAUGUUAUUCGUGGCUUUAAAGCUGCCUCUAAUGCAGAUUACAACACAGAAAGGUAGCUCUCUCUCCCUCUCUCCCUCUCUCCCUCUCUCUCUCUCUCUCUCUCUCUCUCUCUCUCUCUCUCUCUCUGUGUUCUGACUUCCGUCACGCCUAUUUGUCCUGCAGAUUUCGUCCUCCAGUGAUUCCACCCGAUUUCCAGCCUCACCACAAAUUCCUUGUUCCUCUUCAAGUUCUGAGCAAGCUGGGCAAUCUGCCUCCCCCCCCUGAAGCACCUGCCCCAGAAGAGAAAGAUCUGAAGCUCCUCAUUGACGGCUUUGCAACGCUGGUCGCCCGCUGCGGCAAGUUAUACGAAGAUCUCUCGAGGGACAAGAACAAGGCCAACCCUCUCUUCUCCUUCCUCAGCGGGGGAAAGGGCCACGAUUACUAUGCGAGGAAACUGUGGGAGGAGCAGCAGAAGCGCCCUGACCAUCGUGAACCGCAGGUCGAUGGGCAUCAACGGGCCUCAUCCGUCAGGAAGAUGACAGCAGAGAGCCGCGGGCGAAUUCUGGGCGAGAAGCCAUUAAAGAGGAGCGACGACAGCUCCGCCCCAUCACCACCCACCUCUAAGCAGGCCAUCCAGCUGCAGUACAACCUUUCUGACUCCUUCACGACGCCUGAAUCUCUUGUGAGUGGGUUCUGCUUCUGGUUUCUGCACUCGGCAGUCCUCUACUCACUCCAUUGUUCUUCGUCUUGCUAAGAUCAGCAAUUUUGGUUUUCCUGCGCAGGCGGGGCUUCCCGAGUCUGUGAAGCCAUUCAGAGAUGAUCCGAUGAAGCAGGCGAGGUUCGAACAAUUCUUGAAGGACAAGUACCAAGGUGGGCUUCGAUCUACGUACGCCGCCGGCAACAGCACCAUGACGGAGGCGGAUCGCGCCCGUGAGCGACUGGACUUUGAAGCCGCCGCCGAAGCUCUGUCUCAGGGGAAACCCCAGAGGACCCCCCAAGCUCAGCCGCUCCCAUUGGUGGCCAUGCAGUUUGUAUCAGGUGGUGCAGAGGUAAGUAAUGCCGGCCGCCCCAUCAUUAAUUUUCUAUUUCUGGAUGGGUUUCCCUCACUGAUAGGCUCUGUCUCGUGCUUGAGCAGAAAACGUAUUCUACUCAGCACGAAGCGGCGGCAGUGGCGGCGGUGGCGGCGGCUGCAGAGAAGAACAGUUACCCGAAGCGGGAAGAGUUCCAGUGGAGACCGUCGCCCGUCCUGUGCAAGCGUUUCGACCUCGUUGAUCCUUUCAUGGGGAAGGUGGUUCUUCUUGAAAUCAUUUCUCCCACUGUGAUUGAUCAUCUGGGUUUCUGAACAAGAAUGUGGUUGAUCAUCGCGCAGCCUCCGCCAUUGCCCAGAGCGAGAAGCAAGGUGGAGACACUGAUCAUCAUGCCGGAGGUUUUCAAGUCCAAGUUUGAGGAGGCUGCCGACUCAGGCAGAGAUACUCCGGCGUCAUCUCGGUCGGAGAUGCCUGACCAGAUAGCAAUCCCAGAGGCCGAUUCCCAGCCCGAAGUCGCCAUCACUGAGAGGCCUGUCGAUCUGUACAAGGUGAUCCUCUCCCCCCCCCCCACCCAAAUGCGCCGCCAAUAGUUCUUCCUCCACUGUUGUUCUGAUCCCGUGCUUCGUUUCUCCAAAGGCCAUAUUCUCAGAGGACGAUGAAGAUGGCGACGACGAGGAAGAAGAUGAUAACCCUGCCGACAAUCCCGCCGCCGGCGGAGGGAUGAAGGCCGAAGGGGGUAAUACCACGCUGAACCGACUGAUCGCCGGAGACUUUCUUCAGUCGCUGGGCCAGGAGCUUGGACUGGAAGUGCCUGAACUGCCGCCGCUCAGCUCAUCGAGAAAACCAGCUCCGGCGGCGAUCUCCGGUGAACCAGUUCUCCUCCCGCCACCAGGGCGGGGACGGGGGAAGACGGAGGUCAACCUCCCUGGACCUUCCGAGGGCUCGUCCCCUGCUGCCGGCGCCGGCGACUUCUCAGAGCAGAAGAAACAGCGCAGAACCCACUCCGGCCAUCGCCGGAGCGCUAGCGAUGGCUCAGACUCUGAAUCUUCUCAGUCAGACGGCGGCGGUGGCGGUGGCAGCAGGUCAGACAGUGACUCGAGGAGGAAGAAGCGUUCGUCCCACAGAAGCAGGAAACGGUCGUCGAAGCACCGUGAACGGAGCAAGAGCAGGGGAUCUCCUUCGAGGCGUUCUUCUCACGGCGGCGGCGGGAGGGAGGAGAGGAGAUCGAGAGGAGAUCAUGGUUCAAGAUCGGGUAAUCAUAGGAGACACCAUUGA